GAUAACAAGUUUCGAAAAAACGAAAUGGCUCGUACCAAGCAAACUGCUCGUAAAUCAACUGGUGGAAAAGCACCAAGAAAGACCUUGGCAACGAAAGCAGCUCGUAAGAGUGCCCCAGCUACAGGUGGUGUGAAGAAACCUCACAGAUACAGGCCUGGAACUGUCGCCCUUCGAGAAAUCCGUCGUUAUCAGAAGUCAACUGAGCUUUUGAUCCGUAAGCUGCCUUUCCAACGUUUGGUUCGUGAGAUCGCUCAAGAUUUCAAGACCGACCUUCGUUUCCAAAGUUCGGCUGUCAUGGCUUUACAAGAAGCAAGCGAAGCUUAUCUUGUGGGUCUGUUUGAAGACACAAACUUGUGUGCCAUCCACGCCAAACGAGUGACAAUCAUGCCUAAAGACAUCCAGCUGGCACGAAGAAUCCGUGGUGAACGAGCAUAAAUGAUCAUUCAUUAAACGCUUUUAAACAAAAAACGGCUCUUUUUAGAGCCACCAAAUUCACAAAAGAAUACAAAUGCAUCUUGAUUCUUGCUUUUAGAGAGUGUCCUAAUAAGCUAAUUACUUGUCCUCAGAAUUCACUUUUCUUGACAAUUCAUUAUUAUAAAUAACCCAUCCAAACAAAAAAAUUUUUUUAUAAAAAUGAUAAAUGUGCAUAAAAAAAUUUGGGUCUUAAUAGGGUACCAGAA